GGGCGCCCCCGCAGCCCGUCGCACAGAAGCCCUUCAGCAUGAUCCAGAACAAACCGAAGCCCAAAGUCGUCAAGACCUUCCCCGCCAUCGCCGCGACGGACGCAGACGAAGGGAAGAGACCAGCGCCCCGGGACGUUCCUGAGCCUCCUGCGGCUGUGCAUCUGCCCGGGGGCCAAGGCGGGGACGCUGAAGGAGGUCUCGACGGAUGGGAGCCCCUGCCGGUGAGUCAGAGCAUGCCUGAUGUGGUCGAACUCGUCCUCCAGAACAGGACGAAAAGCGGGAAGCUCAAGACGCUGAAUGAGAAGCCCAAAACGUCCAAGAACAAGAACAAAGAGACGAAAUCGGAGAUAAAAUCGGAAAGUACGUCCGCUGUCGUUGCUUCGAGUCCUGAUAAAAGCGAUAGUAAUGAUAAACCUCAGCCCGAGUCCACAAAACGUGAUUCUAAUGAACCUUACGCCGAAACCCCGGUGAUAAGCGAAAACGACAACUCCAUUGCCACCAUCGAAGAAUCGACAUUCGAAAAUAACGAAGUCAUCCCUCAGCCAACCAAAGAAAACGGGAAUUCUUUAGUCAAAACUGACACAAAUAAUAGUUUACCCUCAUCCAGAAUGUCAGCCACGCCGUCAGUCAAGUCGUCAGCGUCAGGCCAAAUAUCUGUUGCUUCUACCAAGCGUAAACGUAAAAUAAACGACGUCAAGCACAAUAAUGCGGAUAUAAAAAGCGUGAAAUCGGUAGACACAGAAAUCUUCGGCGUGCCCUUGCAUUCGGCUGACACUAAAAGAUCUGUCAAGUCUCUACAGUCAGCUGGCCAGAAAUCUGACAGGUCUUUGCAAUCAGCAGCCAAUGAAAAAUCUAAUUUACCCAAGAAAUCGGAAGACGUUAAAAAAUCCGCUAUGUCUUUGCAAUCAGCAGGUUCGGUGCAAUCGGCGCUGACUAAAAGAUCACUCAAAUCGAUGGAAUCGGCAAACGCACGUAAAUAUCUUGUAUCUAUGGAGUCAGAAGGCACUCAAGAAUCCGCUCAGCAUUUACAGUCAGCAGACACCAAAAAAUCUGUUCAUGUUAAUCUGGGAUCAGCAGACACCAAAAAAUCUGUUCAUAUUAAUCUGGGAUCAGCAGACACCAAAAAAUCUGUUAAAUCCUUGCAAUCAGACGUAAAAAAGUCAGACCAAAAUGUGCAACCGACAGACACCAAACAACCUGACGCACCUACGCGAUCGGCAGACGAUGAAACGCGGGAGAAACCUUUAGAAUCGGCAGAAUCGCCGUCUCAACCCGCUGAAGCUGCUGAAAACCCCACAGCAGAAAUUCAGGAGGAACCGCAAGGUGACGAGAAAUCGGUGACGUCAGAAGCAGAAGGAAACAAAACCGAUAUUGAUAAACUAGAAGAAAAGAAAAUUUCUAAAGAGAAUAAUGACGAUACAGGCGUGAAUAAAACGAAAGAGGAAAAGGAAAUUUCAGGAGCCAUGGACAAUACAGGUAUUAAAGUGGAGGAAAAGGGAAUUCCUGGAGAAAAGGACGAUAAUAAAAGCGCCAAUAAAGAAGAGGAAAAAGAAAUAUCUGAAGAAAAGGCCGAUAAGAAAAAUGCCAAUAAAGAAGAGGAAAAAGAAAUAUCUGAAGAAAAGGACACUGAUGGAAACGCUGAUAAAGCGGAGAAAAAUGAGGUACCUGGAGUAAAAGAGGAUAAUAAAGACACUGAAAAAGGGAAGAUAGAAGACAAAUCUGGAGAAAAGGAUACUGAAAAGGACACUGAUAAGCCGAAGGAAAAGGAAAUACUUCAUGAUGAUCCUUCAGAGUUAACAGACGGAUCUCAAGACAUGAAGGACAACGCAGGUGAUCCUACGAAGAACCAAGAACCUCCGGGGGAAGCGAAAAGUGAGGGCGAGGAUAAAGAAGACAAAGAAGAUUCCCACAAAAUUCCCGCUGAAGAUCCACCGCAGGAGGAAAAUAAGACCGACUCGACUAAACUCUCGGAGAAAAGCGAGUCUGGCGAGGACAAAGAAAGGGAUUCUGGCGGGCUUUCGGGAGUUUCCAAGAGCUCAUCUGCAGACACGAUGUCGAAGAAAGACUCGUCUCCUCCUCCAGUUCCCCGGAUCAGUGUCCCUUCGUCGGAGGCUCAGGUUUUCACUGUGGACAUCCCACUGUCGUUCGAGGAGGGCGUUCCGCGCCUGCAGUCGCCCAAGGUGGUGCGUGUAGAGACCGAGAACGGCAGUGAACGACGCCGGUCAUUGGUUUCCAUUACGGCAGAAGAGAACUAUUUGCUCGUUCAUGGUCAGAGCCCUCCGAGGGCCACUUCUCCUUCGGGUCACACUUCAGAAAGAAUCCCAAACUCUCAUGGGGAUCAUUCCUCGUACAAGAAUCAUUCACAAGAGGCACGGUUGCAAAACGCUUCGAAUCCUACCAAUAGGAGGGCCGAUAGUACUGAGAGGGACAUUGAGAACCAAUCAGCAUGGAGCACUAGGGCUGGAGUUGACCAAUCAAUAACCGCGGAUGGGGUAGUGGGAGGCACAACUGGCGUGAAGGAUAGUGGCGGGAAAUCCACUGCGGGGAGUAGUAGUCGCUCUGUGCCGGGCGAGGGAAGGGGAGUGCAGGGGGACGCGCUCAGAGCACCUCACGGAGUUAAAGCCAGUGAUGAACGUGCCGUGAGAGUGGAGUAUGACUCUGUAACGAAAGGUUCUGGUUAUGAAGUGGAUCACUUGACUGUCCCGAGCUAUGGAGAGUCGUACGCUCGAAGGAGUUUGCCCUCCGUCAGAGAGGAUGUGCUCGUGGAGGCCCUAGCCGAGUCCGCGAGGUCCUACUCUGGCGACCUCUCCAGGCCUUUGCGACGGGGAGAAUACGCCAUGCCCUUCCCCGAUAAUCCCCGAGGAACUUCACUGUCCUCCGUGGAGGUCCCCGAGGGCAGCAUAAACACGGUGUCCCUCGCGGUGUCCAAGAAUGGGUCUCAUGUUACCCGACCCGUGCGUGACCACGGGGGCGCGAGUCUUUUCGAUCGCUUCAGUACGGGAGGAGGAAGCCUCUGGCAGAAAGCCCCUCAGGGAGCGCCCCUGGUGGUGAAGCCCAGUGGCGUCGUCUACUCGCGGGAGCCCAGGGAGUACGAGGACUACCUUCCGCGGGAGUCGAAGAGGCCGCCUCUUCAGCGCCGCGGGUCCCUCGGCAGGAUCGCCGUGCGUGACGACUACUACGACGAUUACGACGAGCCGCCCCGCCAGACGUGGUCGAAGCCGAGGGAAAGCCGGGGCUCGCAGACGGUGCGCGUGAAGAACGAGCAGCCGCACCACAGCAUCCUGAAGAAGAAGGCGCCGGAGGAGAAGCGAGACACCAGGCCCCCCCACCGAGUCGAGGAGCACGCCGACGUCGGCCCCAUCAUCAUCGCCAGCGGCCUUGUGCCCAAGAACCUCGAGAGCUACACCUCCGAGUACCAGGCGGCGUUGGCGAGAAACGGCAACAAGGGAAGUCACAGCAACAGCGGGGGUCAUGGCCAUAGCGGGAACGGCAAUGGGAACGGCCAUCACCACACGAGCGGGAACGGCAACGGCAACGGCCACUACCACACCAACGGGAACAACGGCUACGGCACGGGCGGGGGGAACCCGUACCACUCCAGCAGGACGACCAACAGCCGCAGUUACCCGGUGAAGGAGCGAGACCACUUCCAGGAAAGGUACUUCGACCACCCGCCGUCCGUCACCGCCCCCCUGAUCGCGCCCCAGCCCAAGCAGAGCGUCGGCGACGUCUUCGAUCGCUUGCACAGGAACGUGAAGCCCGAGCACACCCAGAGAAAACCCGAGAUUAAACCCAAGCCAAAGCCACCCCCUCCAGCGACUCAGAAAACGAACGCCGCGCCUACGAAACCUCCCGCCUUGUCGACAGCGAUUGUGAAGGACCCGGUUGAUCGUGGAAAUGUCACUGGUUCGAAUUCAACGACCACGACGUCGGCUUCAAGUAAGGGAUCCAGUGGAGGCGGAGACGUGUUCACGAGGCUCUACGAGAACGCCCCGUCGAGGAAGCGCCCCGAGAAG